AUGCAACUCAGGAAUGCACCUCGUCAACAAUUGCUAGGUUUCGGUUCGCAUCAGCUGGAGCUGUUGGCGGUUGACAGAAGUCUCCCCCGGGCUGUUUGUCACAUCGUCUCCAGUUGUUCAACUUCUAUCUUCACAGCCAAAACCACCAGUAUGGCAACAGCCCAGUCUGUGUUACUGCUAGCAGUGCAUGUGCUGCUCAUCUCCGAGUUCAUCCUGGCCAAGAGAGACUACUAUGACAUACUGGGGGUGCCCAGAGGUGCAACUGAGCGUCAGAUCAAAAAAGCCUUCCAUAAACUGGCCCUCAAGUACCAUCCAGACCGAAACAAGAGUCCAGAUGCUGAGGCCAAGUUCAGAGAAAUAGCAGAGGCGUAUGAGACGCUAUCGGAUGAUAAGAGGAGGCGAGAGUAUGACCAGUUUGGCCACGAUGCAUCAUCUGGUGGGGGUCAGGGAGGAGGACAGGACGACGGCAACUAUAACUUCAAGCAGCACUACCAGUCCUUCAACUUCGAUGACAUUUUCAAAGACUUUGACCAUUUCGGUCAACGGCACCAGCACCACUUCCACUCCAACGCCCACAACCAGGCCCAUCAGAAGAGACACUUUGACGGCCACUUCCAGGCCCACCGCGAGAACAUGAACAGGCAGAGAAGGGAUUUUCAGCAGGGGGGCUUUGGUGGGGGACUCUUUGACGACAUGUUUGAGGACCUGGAGAAGAUGUUCUCCUUCAACACGCACACCAGGACUGAGUCCAGGUUUCAGGGCUCGGCGAAGCAGCACUGCAGGACGGUGACUCAGCGCCGGGGCAACAUGGUGACCACCUUCACCGACUGCUCCUGA